AAGCGCUGCCCGCCGGCGGGGGGAGGGCGCGAUGGAUCCCAACAGGAUCAUCCAGGCGCUGAAGGGCACCAUAGACCCCAAGCUGCGCGUGGCCGCCGAGAAUGAGCUCAACCAGUCCUAUAAGAUCAUCAAUUUUGCUCCAAGUCUGCUGCAAAUUAUAGUAUCUGACCAAGUCGAAUUUCCAGUGCGUCAAGCAGCUGCCAUUUACCUGAAGAACAUGGUGACACAGUACUGGCCAGACCGUGAACCACCUCCUGGAGAAGCAGUGUUUCCAUUCAACAUCCAUGAAAAUGAUCGUCAGCAGAUUCGUGAUAACAUUGUAGAAGGAAUAAUUCGUUCUCCUGACUUAGUGAGAGCCCAGCUGACCAUGUGCCUCCGUGCUAUCAUUAAACAUGACUUUCCUGGCCACUGGACAGCUGUGGUGGACAAGAUAGGCUACUACCUGCAGUCUCCAAACAGUGGGAGUUGGCUUGGGAGCCUCCUGUGCCUGUAUCAGCUGGUGAAGACUUAUGAAUACAAAAAAGCAGAGGAGCGAGAUCCUCUUAUAGCAGCAAUGCAAAUUUUUUUGCCUCGGAUUCAGCAGCAGAUGAUCCAGCUUCUGCCUGAUAACUCCCAUUACUCUGUACUGCUUCAGAAACAGAUCUUAAAAAUCUUCUAUGCUCUUGUUCAGUAUGCACUGCCACUCCAGUUGGUGAAUAACCAGACUAUGACUCAGUGGAUGGAGAUCUUCCGGACUAUCAUUGAUAGAAAUGUACCUCUGGAGACUUUGCAAAUUGAUGAAGAUGAUAGACCGGAGCUGGUGUGGUGGAAGUGCAAGAAGUGGGCAUUGCACAUUGUAGCUCGUCUCUUUGAGCGGUAUGGAAGUCCUGGAAAUGUAACUAAAGAGUACUUUGAAUUCUCAGACUUCUUUUUAAAAACCUACGCUGUGGGCAUACAACAGGUUCUAUUAAGAAUCUUAGACCAGUACAGGCAAAAAGACUACGUUGCACCACGUGUUCUUCAGCAAACGUUAAAUUAUCUGAACCAAGGGGUUAUUCACUCUGUAACAUGGAAGCAAAUGAAGCCACACAUACAGAGUAUAACAGAAGAGGUGAUAUUCUCUCUGAUGUGCUACAAAGAUGAGGAUGAAGAGCUCUGGCAAGAGGAUCCAUAUGAAUAUAUCCGCAUGAAAUUUGAUGUAUUUGAGGAUUAUGCAUCCACUACAACAGCAGCACAGAAUCUCCUUUAUACUGCUGCAAAGAAGAGAAAAGAGGUGUUACCAAAAAUGAUGGCAUAUUGCUACCAGAUUCUGACAGAGCCAAACAUUGAUCCAAGGAAAAAAGAUGGAGCUUUGCAUGUUAUAGGAUCCCUAGCAGAUAUUUUACUGAAGAAGAGUGUUUUCAAGGAUCAGAUGGAGCUGAUGUUACAGAAUCAUGUAUUUCCCUUAUUCAUGUCUAACCUGGGGUACCUCAGAGCUAGAUCCUGUUGGGUACUUCAUUCAUUCAGUGCUUUGAAAUUUCACAAUGAGUUAAACUUGAGGAAUGCAGUAGAGUUGACAAAGAAGAGCCUGAUUGAAGAUAAGGAAAUGCCUGUCAAAGUAGAAGCAGCCAUAGCCCUUCAGACCUUAAUAAGCAACCAAGAACAAGCCAAGGAAUAUGUGAAGCCUUAUGUGAGGCCAGUUAUGCAGGAGCUCUUGCACAUCAUUAGAGAGACAGAGAAUGAUGAUCUUACCAAUGUAAUCCAGAAGAUGAUCUGUGAGUACAGUCAGGAAGUGGCUACAAUCGCUGUUGACAUGACUCAACACCUGGCUGAAAUAUUUGGUAAAGUACUUCAGAGUGAGGAAUAUGAGGAAGUAGAGGACAAAACAGUUAUGGCCAUGGGCAUCUUGCACACAAUUGACACAAUCCUGACAGUUGUGGAAGAUCACAAGGAGAUCACUCAACAGCUUGAGAGCAUUUGUUUACAGAUCAUUGGUCUUGUUUUGCAGAAACAUGUUAUAGAGUUUUAUGAAGAAAUUCUCUCCUUGGCCUUCAGUUUAACAUGCCAGAUGAUUUCACCUCAGAUGUGGCAGCUCUUAGGUGUUCUGUAUGAGGUUUUCCAACAGGAUUGCUUUGAAUACUUUGCAGAUAUGAUGCCUCUCUUGCAUAAUUAUGUGACCAUUGACACUGAUACUUUACUGUCUAACCCAAAACAUUUAGAAAUAAUUUAUGCCAUGUGUAAAAAGGUACUAACAGGAGAUGCAGGAGAAGACGCAGAGUGCCAUGCAGCCAAACUCCUGGAAGUAAUUGUUCUUCAAUGCAAAGGACGGGGUAUUGACCAGUGUAUUCCACUCUUUGUGGAGGCUGUGCUGGAGCGAUUAACCAGAGGAGUUAAAACAAGUGAGCUCCGUACCAUGUGUCUUCAAGUUGCCAUAGCUGCACUCUAUUACAAUCCUGACCUACUUCUGCACACCUUGGAGAACAUCAGAUUUCCACACAAUCCUGAGCCCAUCACUGCACAGUUCAUAAACCAGUGGAUGAAUGACACAGACUGUUUUUUUGGACUCCACGACAGAAAGAUGUGUAUAAUAGGACUGAGCAUCCUAAUGGAAUUGCAGAACCGACCACCUGCAGUGGAUGCUGUGGCUGCCCAGAUUGUUCCUUCAAUCCUCCUCCUCUUCUUGGGCUUAAAACAAGUUUGCGCCUCACGAGAACUCACAGAACAGGAGGAUCAUGCUAAAGAUGAAAAACACGUUGCAGAAGAUAAUGAAGAGAUAUCGAGUGAUGAGGAUGAGACAAAUGAAGUGAGCCAGGCGAUGCAAGACAACCAUGGUGGAGGAGGAGGAGGUGGUGGUGGAGGUGGAGAGGAAGAGGAUGAAGAUGAUGAUGAUGAUGAUGACUGGGAUGAAGAUGCAUUGGAAGAGACUGCUCUUGAAGGGUUCAGCACACCUCUUGACCUUGAAAAUGGUGUUGAUGAAUACCAGUUUUUUACACAAGCACUUCUAACGGUGCAGAGCCGGGAUGCAGCCUGGUACCAUUCGCUGACGGCGCCGCUGAGUGAGGAUCAGAAGAAGCAGCUGCAGGAAAUUUAUACAUUAGCAGAACACCGGCGAACUGCUGCAGAGACAAAGACAAUAGAACAACAAAGUGGAUACGCAUUUGACAACAAAGGACUGAUCACAGCAUUUAACUUUGCUGGAAGUACUCCCGGUGGCAACUGAAGGAUCAGCUACAAAGGUCAAUGGGAAUGGUCUCAUCAUUACAUUUUCUUGAAAUCAUCGUGACUUCUGGGUGAUAGGGGAGGGUAAUUUAAUGCUGCUGAAGGUUUUCUGGAAAUUAGCAGUGUGCUUCCCCCACCAGAAUGCUCUUUCUAACCAGCUACUGUAAUGUACAAAUUUUUGUGGUGUUUUUAUAAUUUGAUGGACUGAAAGGAAACGUUUGUCCUCAAGGAACCUGAAUGACUGGGAGGGGCCAGGCUGCAUCUAAUUGAGUUGCACUUCUCAGGUUUUUGCUGUGCAGAAUUGAUAGAUUCAUAUGGAUAACAGUGCCUUCUGUUGUACAUGGAUUGCCUGAACAAAUGGAUUUUGGAGUGCAUUAUAAUUUUUUAAGUGUAAGGACAUUUCUCGAUACACUGUAAGCCUUGGUUCCAUGUUUUCCAGUCACCUGCUUUUUACUGCUCGGUUUAAUUGUUCGUUGGUUGCACACACAUUGCUGGAUUCAGAAUAUUGCAGCAUCUUCCCUAUUUGGUGCAGACCAAAUGUGCAGAGGGAGUUACAAAGCAUUCACUGGUUAAGUGGAAGGGUUGUAACAAAAUUGCAGAUUUUCCCUUGAUGCAGGAGUCUUAAAGUAUUUCUCUUAGCCGUGAGUUCAACUGGCUGGAGUUAAGAUGUCAGGCCUGGCAGGUGGCUGCCCUAAAUCUACAUCCAUGUCACCUCCUGGCUGGACAAGUGGUGUGGCUCUCACAUGUAGAUGUUCUACAUGACAGCUUCUUAUUUCCACUAUUAUUGAUGAAUAUUGGAUUUUAUUUUGGAUUCUAUAAACCUCUUUUAUGAUUUUAUUCAUUCAUUACCAUUCCAGUGGUAUUACAAUGUGGUACAAAAUAUUUGCAAUAUUUUAUUUAUUUUGAUAGAAGAAACACUUCAGACUUAAGCUUCAAACUUAAUUCAUACUGCUACACUUCAGUGAUUGUAUUUCUGGUCUGCAUUCCAGAUGGCUGUUCUUGUCCCAUGCUGAAAUUUCUUCAUCUGACAGAUUUUUUCCCAUAUUUCAAAGACUACUUCCACCAGUGGAGGUUUAGAUUAGAUAUUAGAAAAAAAUUUCUUCUCUGAAGAAAUGUCUGUGGUCAGACAUUGGAACAGGCUGCCCAGGGAAGUGUUGGAAUCAACAUCCCUGGAAGUGUUUAAACAACAUGUGGAUGUAGCACUUAGCGACAUGGUUUAGCAGUGAACGCGGCAGUGCUGGGUUGGCAGUUGUACUUGAUGAUCUUAGAGGUCUUUUACAACCUAAACAAUUCUAUAUAACAAGGUGUUUGUGGAGAAGUUCAUUUAGUGAGAAAGUGAUAGCAGUACUAAUUUGAAUAGGUGCCCCUCUUUUAGAUCUAUUGGGAUCGAGGUGGUGUAGCAAAAAUCAGUAGGGGUGCAUUAGAAUGUGAAGUUUGGAUGGGAUAUAAAAUGUUUCGACCAGAUUUUGUUUCUAUGUGUUAAUUUCUUUAUGACUUAAAAAUAUUUACCAGGCAAUUUUAAACACAUGCUGAUAAUUGACUUCCUUAUAGUAAUGUCCCAAAUGAAAAGUUAAAGUUCUUUCCAUACCCCAUCAAGUUUUUCACAACUACAGUAAAUGUAGCCCAGGGCAGUGCUGAAGCUUUCAUUUUUAUAUGUCAGAGUAAUUCUGGUGGAGUCUGAGCACUCUAUGCCUUGGCUUCUGGAAAAGACAAAGUGUCUUUGCCUGUUCCUUCUGGAAUUUUCCUAACCUGGCAGCUGUGGGGCAGAAAGUUCCCCACUGCUUUCCUUUUUUCUGCUCCUUUGUGUCAGACUCAGAUGCUUUUUCUGCUGCCGCUUCCUUAUUUUUGUUUUUUUCGUCACAUAGCAGCUGCAGAGUAAUGUUGGCCUGGUUCAUGUAGGUUUUUCACUGGUGCUACUCAAUUAAUAGCAACAGUGAAAAUUUCUCACUUUUAGUCCUGUUGUAAAUAUGGAAAACUGUGAGAAUUCCAGGGUUUGUAUUUCCAAAGGGGAACAGUCUGCUGAGCUGCACUGGACAGGCUCUUUCAGCUCAAGCAGCAGAGGGCCAAGAUUUCCUUUAUUUUGAAUGUCAGGCUAUAAAAAUUAGAGGUUAUUUUUGCUAAUUUAGGCCUGGGCUGCGUGGUCUGAGACAAUAAGUAGGAAAUCAUUACAUCCAGUGAGUUGGGGAGUUUCUCAGAAACCGCAGAAGUUUUGAAAUCCUUCAAAAAUUUAAUGGUUUUUGGAAGUUAAGGGCAUUGACGACUUUUCUCUUACCUGUCAGUUGAAGUUAAGUAUUAGGCAGGUAAACUGUUUAAGCCUUUUGUUAUUUUACUAAAAGAAACAAGAUUUUUGAGUUGGCUUUUUUCCGAAGCCUGUUUGCCUUCUCUACACUGGCAUGCAGAGUAGAAGAGGGAUUUAUUUUUCUUCUGCUAAUGAGGUUGCUUGCACAGUCACAGGCUAAUAUUUAGGAGUUAAUGUGUUCAAGGAAAAAUCUGCUUUUGCAUAGCAUCAUCUUUGAGUCACUCGACUGAACUAUGGCUGCUCCCUAGUUCUGCUUCUUGUGUACUUUUCAAAUCAACUGCCAAGAAAAUUUCAUCCAGAUGUUUCUUACAAGGGGUUUAAUCAGCAGCAUGGAGUCGGGAAUCUUUGUUGUCUCUUUUGCAGUGGGGUCAGAGAUGUCUGAGGGGAUGGCAUGUAAAAAGGUUAAAUGCCCUUCCCUUCCCAGGAGAUUCACGAGCAAAUGUUUCUGCUGGCAAAAGCAAAUGUUAAUUAUUUUAUUCCUUUUUUUGAAAAGGGUUUUCAUCCAAAAAGAUUUAUUGGGCUCUAGCCUCCACUUUAACAUAUGGUUCUCUUUUAACAUGAUAAAUAUCCGUUUGUACAUGAUCAUAAAUAGGUAAUGGAUUUUAGGGGUUUCUUUCUGAGCUAUGUCCAGCUUUGUACUACAUUAAAGGGAGAGUUACACGAAUGUGCAUUACUGUCUCACUUUCAAGCCAAGGUAAUCAUGGAAUAUCAGAUACCAGCAUUGCCAAUCAAGCAUGAUGUAUUUGCCAUUGAAAGUACAGAGAAUCAUGAAUGUAUUGUAAAAUAAAACAAAGGCUGUGAUAACUGGUGACCUACGUUGCCCUGAGCCCGUAUUCUCAAAGUAUGAAGGUGACUCAUGUGGGCACCGUGGUGGUUUUACAUAGGAAAUUAGCAUUAUAUGGGUGAUAAUCAUAGCAAAUGUUAACUUACAAAAGCUACUUUUUCAGAUAAAAUUAACUGAUCUUGGGUAUUGAAUUGCAUAUGCUGUUUUGUCACUCUUGAAAGGAAAAUAAGAAUCACCACAUGUUUUGACUGCUUCUUUUUGCACUCUCUUUCAACGUUGAAGUACUUGGCUUGCUUUCAUUACAAAGCAGAAUCUUUAAUCACAAAGCUCCAGGAAGAGUGCAGAAUAUCAAGCUGAGAAAAAAGCUGAAAAAUUCCAAACCUCAACAAUCCCCCAAAACCCACAUGUGCACACUCUGACUGAAAUAAAUAUGCUUUGGGAGUGUAAGUCAAAAUAUGUAAAGAAUGUAACACAAAAUGAUAUUGUGAGAUUCUUUGCUUUAGGGAAAAAAGCUGCCCAUGGGGUGUGAGGGAGACAUGAAAUGAACUGCUUUAGGACGUGCCCUUUGCCUGUGAAGUCAUGGCAGUUUGUGACUCUGGAUUCCAUCAUACACUGAAGAGGAGAGAUGGUAGGACAACAGAGGAUUUUUUUUUUUCUUACUACAAAGCAAGAGUCUGAAUUGAGACUUUUGUGGGCUGAAGGAAUUGUGAACAACCUGAAUGAUUAACUGUCUUUCGAGUCCAGAAUACUUUUCAGUCUUUUUCUUCCCUCCUUUCCUUCUGUUUGCUAACCACAAUGUUAUGGGAUAUUUCAGGGAGUAUUCAAAAUAUCUGAAAAGAUAAACCUUAAACAAUUUUUAUAAAAUCUGUUGUUCUUGAAGAAAUGCAGCCUAUCAAUUGCAUUUCUGUAUAUAGAACAACGUCUCUCAUUUGGCGCAUGCAGAUAAUACAGAACUACAAAACCCCCUCACUUGUGCCUGUGGUUUGGGUGGGUGUGGAGAGGAUGAACCUCUCUGUGAUUUACUUCUUAAUAUGGGUCCUUUGAAAUUCCCACACCUUAGACUGAAAUUUUCUCCAAGGAUAGGCAAAAAUGCACUGUGUUAUGUAGCACCCAGUCCUUGUCUGAGAUGUGCUGUAGUCAGUCUUGAUAAUGUUUGACGGUCUGGUGGUCAGUUCCUCAAGGAUCUGCAUCUCUAAUUGAGGGCAUUCUUCAAGUCCAAGAGACUAUGUUUGCAGGUGGACAGGAAAUCAUUUUUCCCUCACUGCAGCAAAGCCUACAGCAGGUGUGGCUAUGAACUUCUUGAUAUUAUGGGUGAAAGUAGCACCCUCUUCUCUUGGGUGUCAAAUCUUACCAGGCAACUAUUCCAGAUACCAGAAAGUCUUAGUAUAAAACUAGGUUGUAUGAGCAGGCCAAGCUGCUUGCUUUUGACAUCUCUUCCACUGCUACUGCUUUUGUAAAGCUAAUCAAGCAAAACCAGUGUAAAAUGAAGGAGAACUAAAGCAGUGCUUGGGCACUAGACAGGUAGAAACAUUCCUGGCCUGUGGAUCUAAUCCCAGUACUUACUGCAGAUACAACAUGCAACAUCUGUAUGGAUGUCAGUACCCUGACUGACAGCCAUUAAUGAGAGGUGAAGACUCUAAUACAAUUUUUCUCUGGCAGAAAUCAGCUGCAUCCCUUUAAAAAGUCUGAGAACUACUUGUCCUGGCUGAUGUGCAAUCACUAAUAGGAAACAGUGAGUUUACAGUCUUUCUUAGAGAUUAUCAGCAUACAUCCUACUAAAGGGCUACUGAAAGUACCCCAUGGCUAAGGGAGCUGGUUGAUUCCUUGACUAAAAGAGUUUUGGGGAACACCAAUUUAGAGAGGAUCUACAGGGACAUGUAAUUGUGAUGAAUGUGGAAAGAAUCCAUUUAAAUUGAGGUGAUGUGUUUAUGUGAUCUCUGAUCUGCAAUGUUUCCAGUGUUGCCCAGAUCUUCUAGAGGAGUGUCCAAGAAGUUGGUCCCAUGCCGUUCUCUGGGAAGAGAAUGUGCUUGAGCAGCCCCAAAUUUGGUGAGAUGCUUUGAACUUGGGAUCAGAAAACGAUUCUAGUCCAGGUUUUUUCCCCUCUUCCACUGCUUUUAUGAAACCAAUCAAGCAAAUCCAGUGUAAAAUGAAGAACUAAAGCAGUGCUUGGGCCAUAGACAGGUAGAAACUUUCCUGGCCUAUGGAUCUGAUCCCAGUGCUCACUGCAGAAGUGCCUGUGAGUUUUGCGAUUGGCUCUAAUGGAGCCAGGCUUCUACCCAAGCAGCAGUUUGCUGGGUCCUAGUGUUUGGAUCACUGCUUAUACCUUCAGCUGGUAGUUGUCCAUAUCAAAAAAAAUUAGGUGAAAGUCUAAGAUUCCGUUUUAUAGGCCGUAUAGAGGUUCACAAUUUGAAGUGCUUGGCUCUGUGUGUGGUGGGGUAGGAGGUAACCUUUCAGAUGCACUGAUUUCUCCACUGUGAAUACAACAGUGUCAGCUCCAUGGUUCACCUGAGAGAAUGUUGGUCAUAGGCUGCCUGCUGGACCAUCGGGGAUUAUGUUACAGGAAGUGACAUGCAAAAACUGAAAAAAAUUACUUGAUGCUUAAAGCUGUUCAGCAACAAAAAUGAGUGUUUUCUUGAAAAUGAGAUUUUAAUGUUAUUCUCAGGUAUAUUUUAAUUUUCGUGUUUCAUGCCCUUAUGCAAAAAUGCAAAAUUACUACAUGACAUGGAGGCCUAUUGAUUUUUUUUUUUCACAGAGACUGUUUACCAUUGACAGUGUUCAUCCAAGAAUUGUUCCUCAUUUUUAGGUAUUUUCAACAUGUUUGUUGCUGAAGUUGCACAUACCCAUCUUUCACCACUUUUCGUGCACAGAGAUAUUGCAAACGAACUUAACAAAAGGAAGACCAGUGCUUUGAAAAGAGAAGACUAUGCAUAAGCAGGUUAUUUUUUGAAAACAGAAGAACUAUGGCCUCUGAAGAAAAUACAAAACAAUAAAUAUUUAUAUGGAGAUGCAUGAGCUAAAGAAAUUUAUAUAACACAAUAUAAGCAAGACACAUUCUUUGAUCACAGCUGUAGUGUUUAUUUUUCAUUGCCAAACAACGUGUGACACUUGCUUUUGGUUGCAUGUGCUGUUGGUAUUACGCUUAAUGUAAAUCACAUGGAAUGUUUUGGGGCUCAGAAAGACAGCAAAGAGGCCAUGCAGAUUUCUUUUGAUAUUAAAAGCAAAGAUAUGAGCCCAUGCCUGCAGUGACUAGAGGGAGCCUGCUAUGUGCUACAUUAGCAGAUUGAAUUGCAGGAUCAUCACCUUUGUAAGAAGCCUGAAAUACUAAUCUGUGGGUUGGCUUUGAGGGCAAGAAUUGGCAAAUGCAAAGCAUGCAUCGAUGACAAGAAGAACCUCUUCCUAGCCUAAAGAGUUCUGUACAGUGUUCUCUUAAGCUGUGCUGAAUUUGCUUUAAAAAUAGUAAUAAAUCUUAUUGCUUAGGUCGAA